AUGGCGGUGAUCAAUGAUAAGGGGGGCAACAGCUCCGCGGCUGUGUCGAGGAGGUUGGCGUCCAAGUGGCCGAGGCCGGUGUGGCAUGCGCCGUGGAAGAUGUACAGGGUCAUUUCUGGACACUUGGGUUGGGUUCGUUGCAUAGCCGUUGAUCCCGGUAACGAGUGGUUUGCGACGGGCAGUGCGGACCGAACCAUUAAGAUCUGGGACCUAGCCAGCGGCCAACUGAAGCUCACCCUGACGGGGCAUAUCGAGCAGGUCACGGGUCUGGCGGUGUCCUCGCGCCACCCGUACAUGUUCAGUUGCGGACUGGACAAGAUGGUCAAGUGCUGGGACCUGGAGCAGAACAAGAUUAUCCGGUCGUACCACGGCCACCUGUCCGGAGUGUACUGCAUCGCCCUGCAUCCCUCCCUGGACAUCCUUAUGACGGGAGGGCGUGACAGCGUCGUGCGGGUUUGGGACAUGCGCACUGCCGUACAAGCCAUGGUGUUGUCGGGACAUGACCAAACCGUGUGCUCCCUGCUGGGCCAGUCACCCGACCCUCAGGUCAUCAGCGGCAGUCACGACAGCACCAUCCGGCUGUGGGACCUGCGCAAGGGCAAGGCCAGCAGCGUCCUCACCCACCACAAGAAGUCCAUUCGCGCCCUGGCCCUCCACCCCCACGAGUUCGCCUUCGCCUCGGCAUCCGCGGAGAACAUCAAGAAGUGGGCGCUGCCCGACGGCGACUUCCUGCACAACAUGCUGUCCCAGCAGCGGGCCAUCAUCAACUCCAUGGCCAUCAACCAGGACGGCGUCGUGGCGACAGGCGGCGACAACGGCAGUCUGUGGUGGUGGGACUGGCGCAGCGGUCACUGCUUCCAACAAGACGAGACUGUCGUACAACCCGGCUCCCUGGAGUCAGAAGCGACCCUGUACGACAUGGCGUACGACAUGUCUGGCAGUCGGUUAAUUACGGCCGAGGGCGAUAAGACUGUAAAGAUGUGGCGGGAGGUGGAGGACGCGACCCCGGAGACCCACCCGGGGCUGCCCUUCCGACCUCCCAAGGAUAUCAAGAGGUUCUAA